AUGGAGCCAUCGUUCACGCCCAUCGAGUUGUCGUUUCCGCUGCCCAAACAUCCCCAUCUCACCGUUCACGCUCACCUGACUUUCAUGGGAACCUGCGCCAUGGUCCAUUUGACCACCACCGAUCUCGGCGACUCUGAGGGUGACAGGCCGCCAAUGGGCAGUUUUGUCUAUGCAAUGCCCGAUAUGAGGGAUGAGCGCAAUGUGAUCAGCACGGCCCUGUCCACGUCGGGGUCCAGUAUCGACUACGCCACCAGGAUGGCGAAGAUCCUCGCGCGCAAGAUGAAACGGCCAGUGUAUGUGGGCUGCAGCAUGAAUUUCGCCGGCACGACAGCCGAAGAAGAGAUGGAGGGCUUUACAGCAAUUGUCGAUCAGAUAGUACAGAAGUGGAACCGCCCAUCCUCAUGA